UAUCAGGAGAGAUUAGUGGAUAGGUAGGAGUGUGUCUGUUACUCUCUGGGUAGAUUGCUGUCUCUCGGUCAUCGAGACUGACCUGAUUUGAACUGCCAUUCCCCCCAACCCGGUGAUAACGUAGACUUUACAAUACAUCAUCAGUUGCUUGUGGAACUGCAAUGGCACUGCUUCCACAAGUGGAGGCAGAACACUUUGACGGGCUAUCACUCCUCUACUGGACAAUAAUGGGGCCCCAUGGCAUCAACUGUGCUGUGGAGAGACUAGAGUUUACAGACUGUAAAAGAGGACUUGGCGUGAAGAUGAUUGGGGGCUACAGAGAACAGAGUGGUGAAGAGUUCGGUAUUUUCAUUAAACGAAUUUUGCCAGGUGGCGUGGCAGCACAGGACGGGCGUCUUAGAGCAGGGGACCUCAUUUUCGAUGUCAACAACAUGAAUAUAGGAGGUGUUACAAAUGAAAAGGCAGUGGAAGUUCUUCGCAUGGCGUCAGCUACAAAUCACAUGUCUUUACUGAUAGUACGUGACGACGCUUCCAGGAGGGAAUUUGUUGAGUUAAUGGAAAAAUACGGCUCCAGCAGUAGUACCAGCUCUGGAUCAGACACUUCUGUUUCCACAGGAAAGUUGACCGACACUGCCUCCUCCUCCUCAUCUUCCAGAUCAACCAGUCCUCUGCUUCUGAGCCCUAAAGACCCCAACCCAGUAUACACCACUGCCUGCAUUACCUCCCCAUCUCCACAAGUCUGCACAGACUGCAUGAUUCAGUUGAUAUGUGUUGCCAAAGGGACAGGAUUAGGCAUGGUCAUCAGGGGCGGAGCUAACCGUGCAGAGGGGCCAAUGGUGUGUGUUCAGGAAAUAAUACAAGGAGGCGAUUGCCAAAAGGAUGGGAGACUAAAGGCUGGGGACCAGCUCAUAUCCAUCGUACGACCAGCAACAAGAAAGCCUAAUCUCAGCCCCGUGUCCUCACCUGACAGUGCCUGCACCGAAGUGGCCAACUCUGUUUCUUCAAAACAUCUAUCCUCCACUCCCAGCUUCGAACCCAAGCCCGAGAAAAUAGAGCAGGCACUGGAGGUGCUGGGAUUGAAGCCUACUGAGUCUCAGGUCCUGACACUGAGAGAAAGGCUGCGUUUGAGCCCAGGAGGGACAGUGGCUUAUGGAGAUUUUGAGAGAGUGGCAAAGGAACUCUUUAAACUACCAUCCAAAUCUGACUCAGAACAGGAAGUAGCAAGAUUGACAUCAGAUGAUCUUAUUGAGUCUCCAUCAAACCCUACGCCAUCGUUAUCAGACUCUGAUGAUCUGGAUGAGAUGGAGAGACUAAGAAAAGAGCACAUUGAGGCCUUAAGAGAGCUCAAGAAACUGCAGGAUAAGCUGACAGAAUCCGAGAGCCUUAAUCAUAAGAUGCAGCAGGAACUGACAAAAGUUAAACAGUUCUCCCAGCAAUCCAAAGUUGGUCACUCUGUCUCAGACCCUGCCAUCUCGAAGGUGGGAAGAAACCACCUUGGACAACAUCUGCACUUGCUGUGGAAGCUAAAGAACUAACUAAUACUGUCAGAGGCAUUCUAGAGCUGGACUGUUUACCUUUUGGCUGGGGUGAGGCAUACACUGCAGAUGGAGUGAAGUACUACGUAAAUCCAGUUUAAUAUUGCAGACAUCCAUCACUCUUUUGAGAGUUUUGAAGUCGCACGCAAAACCACACCUACGAGUCCAGCGUUCUCUAUUACACCCUCACCAGCACCACAACUGUCACGGAAACACCUGCC